AUGGCAUGUGUGACGGCAGCCCUAGGAAUGAUGCCUCUUCGCGGCGCUUCUGCACCAGCGGUCUCAUCUGCUCGGCUUCGGAUUGCGGAAGAAACAGGCGCAAAUGCGGUUGCAGUUGCCAGAGUUUCGAGAAAGCCGCAGGAAAUUUUAACCAAGGAAUCUUUCUGGAAUGCCAUCACGGUACUGCAAGCUAUUGGCGGGUCUACAAACGCCGUUGUUCAUCUCUUAGCAAUUGCCAACCGGCAUCCAGACUUGCAGGGGGUUAUCACUCUACAAACAUUCGAGGAAAUUGGUCAAAAGACGCCACUACUGAUUGAUCUCAAGCCGAGUGGAGACAACUACAUGAACGAUUUUCAUAAUGCCGGAGGUAUGCUCGCAUUGUUGCAUGUACUGCGGCCCAUGCUCCACUUGUCUGCUAUGACCAUUACUGGACAGACAUUAGGGGAGAUUCUGGAUGCGGUGCCCUCAAAAAAAUUUUCUUUUGAGCAGCAUAUCAUAAGAUCCCUUUCGGAUCCUCUGUAUCCCUCCUCGUCGCUAGCUGUUCUACGGGGCAAUCUUGCGCCAAACGGGGCGGUGCUAAAAGCUUCAGCCUCCAAAUACCGUUCAUUACUCUCACACACUGGACCUGCUGUUGUAUUUGAGAACUCAGCAGAUCUAGCACGACGAAUUGAUGAUCCGGAUCUCUCAGUCACGAAGGAUAGCGUGCUGGUUCUCAAAGGCAUUGGCCCAAUCGGCAAUCCUGGUAUGCCCGAGGCAGGACUUAUUCCAAUUCCAAAGAAGCUUGCUACAGCAGGCGUGAAAGACAUGCUACGAUUAUCUGACGGACGCAUGUCUGGCACUGCAGGAGGCACGAUCAUUCUUCAUAUCUCGCCAGAGGCAGCUGUGCCCGAAUCGGCGUUUGGUGUUGUCGAGACGGGUGACCUGAUAACCUGUGAUAUUGAGACUCGUAGGCUUCAUCUUGACGUACCUGAUGAUGUAUUGCAAUCUCGCAUUGAGAAGAGAAAAAAAACGAUGGAAGACCUGCUUCAAGCAAAAAAACAGCAGAGAGGAUACCGGGGGUUAUAUGAGCGAUCGGUCAACCAAGCGCACGAGGGAACUGACUUCGAUUUUCUGACGGCCAGUGGUCCUUCAUCAUAA